UGGGUAGAGUCAGUCCAGAAAGAUCAAUCGCAAGCAAAUUUCUAUGUGAAGAAAAUGGAAUCAAGUGUAGUAUUCAAUAGUAUCGUUAGAGUUAAAGAAGAACCAAUCGACGUGUGGCUCGGUGAAAAUGAUUACAUUGAAAUUGACAAGACACCCAAUGUCAACAAUUUUCAAUUCUUAAGGCAUCCGCAAGAAAAUCAAAUUCAAAAAUCUGACGAAAAUCACGAAAGUGAACUUGACGACUUGGCGAUCGAGUUGGAAUGUAAAGACAUGAAGCCGAGCUUGGAUUUAUUAGCAGUUAUGAAAAUUGAAAAUGGUUCUGAAGAUCACUUGGCGGCUAUUGAAAAUGGUAACGAAUAUCAAACUCAAAGCAUUAAAUUAGAACCUUUGGAUGCAGUAAAAAAAGAAUCGUUUGUGGACGAAGCAAAUCAAUUGAGUAUGAACUCAAACUGUGAAAUCUUUGCGACAAUGAAAAGAACAACAGUUGUAAAAAAUGGGGAUUAUAAACAUAAACUCAAAAAACACAUUGUUAACACGCCGAAUGGUAAAAUCGCUUAUCCUUGCGAUACAUGUGGAAAGGCAUUCAGACAAAAAAAAAGUCUCAAAAUCCAUAUCGACUCGGUGCAUUUUAAAAUCACCCACAGUUGUGACACAUGUGGAAAAACAUUCAGACAUAAGAGAAGUCUCAAAGUUCACAUCGACUCGAUGCACCAUAAAAUCACUCAUGACUGUGAAGUAUGUGGAAAGUCAUUCUCAUUUAAAGAUUCUCUCAAAAAACAUAUUGAAGCGAUACAUAAUGGUAAAACUCCGACAUGCCAUAUCUGCAGAAAGACGUUCUCUAAAAAGGGUUAUCUCCAAACCCACAUCGAUUCAGUGCAUAAUAGUGAAAAAAGUUACGAAUGUGACGAGUGUGGCAAGAAGUUCUCGCGAAAGGGCAAUCUUCAAAUCCACAUUGAUUCAGUACAUAAUCAGAUCACUCAUGCCUGUGCUAUAUGUGGAAAGACAUUCAGAUACAAAAAAAAUCUCAAAAGUCACAUCAAUUCUGCGCAUCUUAAAAUCACUCAUGUCUGUGAAGUAUGUGGAAAGUCAUUCUCACUUAAAGGUUAUCUCAAGAAACAUAUUGAAGCGAUACAUAAUGGUAAAACUCCCACAUGCGAUAUCUGCAAAAAGACGUUCUCUCAAAAGAGCAAUCUUCAAACCCACAUUAAUUCAGAACAUAAUAAGAUCACUCAUGCCUGUGCUAUAUGUGAAAAGACAUUCAGACAACUUUUAGGUCUCAAAUUCCAUAUCGACUCGGUGCAUCUUAAAGUCACCCAUAGUUGUGACAAAUGUGGAAAGUCAUUCGGACAUAAGAGCACUCUUAAAAAUCACAUCGACUCAGUGCACCAUAAAAUCACUCAUGCCUGUGAUAUAUGUGAAAAGUCAUUCUCACUUAAAGAUUCUCUCAAAAAACAUAUUAAAGCGAUACAUAAUGGUAAAACUCCGACAUGAGAUAUCUGCGGAAAGACGUUCUCUCGAAAGAGUAAUCUCCAAACCCAUAUAAAUUUAGUUCAUAUUUGUCGAGAAGGUUACGAAUGUGAUGUGUGUGGCAAGAAGUUCUCACUAAAGAAUGUUCUGAAAAAUCAUAUUGAUUCCACGCAUAAUGGCAUCACAUACCCGUGCGAUUUUUGCGGAAAGACAUUUUCCCAAAAAUGUCAUUUGAAAACUCACAUCGACUCGGUACAUAAUAGUCAAAACCUUUACAAAUGUGACACGUGCGGUAAGAAAUUCUCGCAAAAAGUUCAUCUUAAAAGUCAUAUUAAUGCAAUGCAUGUUUGUGUCACACUUACGCGCGAAAAUCAUGCGGGAAGACAUUUUUAAGAGGUAGCAAUCUCAAAAGACACAACAUUUCAGUUCGUGAUAGUAUAAUCACCUAUCCAUGUGACGCCGGUGCAAAGAUAUUUUGUGCGAAGUUAAAAUUUUAAAGCACAUGUAAACGGUUAACUCGCUUAACGGUUAACUUACACAAUUAUAAUUUAAUCAAUGGAUACAUUUGAUAUAUUCAAUUCUGUUCACCGUAAGAUCAAGUAAUAUUUUAUAUCAUAUUAUAGUAUGUUUUUCUGUAUUGUACUCUGCUGCGAGUAUUUUAUGUAAAAUAUAGUACUCGAGAGUGGGCCAUUAGGAGCAAUCAAAAAAGUAUGCAUCAUACUCAGUACAUCGUCUAUUUGAAUAAAUAAUUGAAUAUUGUAA